CGACUCGAUCAAUGCUCGACUAUAAAUAGGAUGGAUUAAUAACAGCAUUAAGUUGCACGGAUUAGAUCGGCGCGCGUAAUUCUCUCAUGGCGGCGACGAGCAGUAGGAGCAUGGUUACCGCGGCGGUGGCGGUGGCUGUGGCGGUUGCGUUUCUGAUCGGCGGCACUCCGGCGGAGGCGAGGAAUGAAGGGAAGCAGGACAUCGGGUACUACGAGCUGCGGCGCGGCGAGUUCUCCAUCGUCGUCACCAACUGGGGCGCCACCAUCCUCUCCGUCAACCUCCCCGACAAGAACGGGCGCAUCGAUGACGUUGUUCUUGGCUACAAGAACAUUGGAUCGUACGUGAAUGACACGACGUACUUCGGGGCGCUAGUGGGGAGGGUGGCGAACCGGAUCGCCGGCGGGCGGUUCACGGUGAAGGGGCAGGCGUACCACACCUACAAGAACGACGGCAACAACACGCUCCACGGCGGCCACCGCGGCUUCAACCAGGUGUUCUGGUCGGUGCGGGAGAGGGUGACCGGCCAGUUCCCCUACGUCACCUUCUACUACCGGAGCUACGACGGCGAGCAGGGCUUCCCGGGCGCCCUCGACGUGCUCGUCACCUACAAGAUCGACGGCGACGACUCCUACAGCGUCACCAUGUACGCGCGCCCCGUGGACAAGCCCACGCCGGUGAACCUCGCGCAGCACACCUACUGGAACCUCCGCGGCCACGGCCGGGGCACCAUCCUCGACCACUCCGUCCAGAUCUUCGCGUCGGCCGUCACCCCCGUCGGCGCCGGCCUCAUCCCGACGGGCGCCGUGAAGCCCGUCUCCGGCACGCCGUUCGACUUCCGCGCCCCCGCCGCCGCGGGCGCGCGCAUCGCGUCCGUCCCGGGCGGGUACGACAUCAACUACGUGCUCGACGGCGAGGCCGACGGGCAGGGCGUCCGCAAGGUGGCGGUGGUGCGGGAGGCCACCUCCGGGCGCGUGAUGGAGCUCUGGUCGGACCAGCCCGGCGUGCAGUUCUACACCGGCAACUUCCUCAAGGGCGAGGAGGGCAAGGGCGGCGCCCGGUACGUGAAGCACGGCGGCCUGUGCCUCGAGACGCAGGACUUCCCCGACGCCGUCCACAAGCCGGAGUUCCCCACCGAGAUCUACCGCAAGGGCCAGGUCUACAAGCACUACAUGCUCUACAAGUUCUCCCUCUCCGACAAGACGUCCUAAUCAGCCAUGGAUCAAUCACCACGAGUUGACUAGUUUUUCGUUUGAUUAGAAUAUGUAUCUAGAUGUUAUUAUCAGUUGGGCGAUCGUUCUGCAUGAACUUAUAAAUUAUUAAGUUAGAUAAUGAUUCAUCUG